GGGUUUGCCUGCCUCAGCAAUUCAUAUAAAAACCUUCUACUCUCUGGAGAACAACAGUCCCAUUCAGUGUGAGCCUGCGAGAGUGCGAAGGGCACAGGGAAAAGGGCACAAGCAGGGGGGCAAGAGAGGAACGUGGGAGAUACCCAAGGAUUUGUUACUUGUCACUGGGAAAAUAAUAUAAGUGUGCAACAUGCAACUCACGGUGGCUCGGAUUAACCUGCUGCUCGGCUACUGCUGCGCCUUCAUUGCUGCUUUUAACUUGGAUACACAGAAUGUCAUCACCAAAAGCGGGGACACUGGCAGCUUGUUCGGCUUCUCCUUGGCCAUGCACUGGCAGCUGGACCCAGACAACAAGAAGCUGCUGUUGGUUGGGUCACCUAGAGCUAAAGCUUUUUCUGCACAGAAAGCAAAUGUAACAGGCGGGCUAUAUGUUUGUGACAUCAAAUCGCCUUCAAGAAGCUGUGAUCGGGUUCUGUUCGAUAAUUCAGUUGAUGUGAAUGUAGAAAGCAAAGAAAAUCAAUGGAUGGGUGUGAGUGUUCAAAGCCAGGGGCCUGGUGGGAAAAUUGUGACUUGUGCUCAUCGUUAUGAAAGGAGAACAGGUGUAAAUACAAAUUAUGAAAACCGUGAUAUCACUGGAAGAUGUUAUGUGUUCAGCCAAGACCUUACCAUAAAAGAUGAAAUGGAUGGUGGAGAGUGGAGAUUCUGUGAAGGACGAAGGAGGGGGCACGAACAGUUUGGUUCUUGCCAACAAGGUGUAGCUGCUACAUUCACAAAAGACUUUCAUUAUAUUGUAUUUGGUGCACCCGGAACAUACAACUGGAAAGGAGUGGUUCGGGCAGAACAAAAAAAUAACACUUUGGAAGACUUGUUUAAUAUUUUUGAAGAUGGACCUUAUGAAACUGGUGGUGAAAACAAAAGAGAUUCAGACUUAGUUCCUGCACCAGAUAACAGUUACUUAGGAUUUUCUUUGGAUACUGGGGUUGGGAUAACUUCCCAGAAUGAAAUGAUUUUUGUUGCUGGAGCCCCGCGAGCCAAUCACAGUGGGGCUGUAGUCUUGCUGCGGAAGUUUCCACCUGAUGAAAGGAUGUUGUCUGCUGUACAUACAUUUCAAGGAGAAGGGCUGGCAUCUUCUUUUGGUUAUGAUGUAGCGGUGGUUGAUCUUAAUAGAGAUGGGUGGAAGGAUUUAGUUGUUGGUGCUCCCCAAUAUUUUGAUAAAAAUGAUAGAGAAAUAGGAGGCGCCAUUUAUGUCUAUAUAAAUAAUAUGGGAAACUGGAAUGAUGUCAAGCCUGUCCGCAUUGUAGGAACCAAAGACUCUAUGUUUGGAAUAUCAGCGAAAAAUAUUGGGGACAUAAAUCAAGAUGGCUUCCCUGAUAUUGCAGUAGGUGCACCAUAUGAUGAUGGAUUUGGCAAAGUUUAUGUGUAUCAUGGAUCCAAAGAUGGAAUCAUCACAGAACCUGCUCAGGUUAUUGAAGGCAGAAGCACCAAUACACGGUUCUUUGGUUACUCCAUUGCAGGAAAUUUGGAUUUAGAUGGAAAUUCUUAUCCAGAUAUUGCAGUUGGAUCCUUAUCAGAUACUGUGAAAGUGUUCAGAUCCCGUCCUGUAAUCACUAUCAAGAAGACAAUUAAAGUAACACCUGAUAAAAUAGAUUUCAACAAGAAAAACUGUGAUGCCCCGAGUGGUAUCUGUUUGGACGUAGAAGCUUGUUUUGAAUACACUGCAAAUCCUAAAGACUACAAUCCAGUUCUAACUCUGAGCUACACAUUUGAACUUGAAAAUGACAGACGACAAUUGCAGAAACCAUUAAGGAUGAACUUUAAAGAACUUCCCCAGGAAAGCAAAUUGUCAAAAACCAUUGAACUUAGAGGCCAGAAUCAAAAGAGAUGUGUCACAACUGCACUUCAGCUUCUGGAAGGUAUAAUAGACAAGCUACACCCCAUUGACAUAUCUGUUAGUACAGACAUAAAAAAUGUUCCUCGGAAGAAGAGACAAAGCAGUCCCCUACCAGAACUUAUGCCAAUCCUGAAUUCUAAUGAGCCUAAGACUUCUACCGCCAAUGCCCAGUUUCUGAAGGAAGGAUGCGGGGAGGAUAAUAUUUGCAACAGCAACAUGCAGCUGAAAUACAAGUUUUUAACCAGAGAAGGAAGCCAAGGAUCAUUCACAGAAUUAAAUAAAGAGAGUGGUGUUCCAGUGUUAGCUCUGAAAAACCAGAAAGAAAUUGCUUUAGAGAUCACUGUCACUAACAAGCCAUCUGAUCCGGCAAAUCCGAAAAUGGAUGGCGAUGACGCCCACGAAGCACAGCUUACCGCAGAACUUCCCAGCUCCUUAUCCUAUUCUAGGUUUCAAGAGCUGAAUCCUCAACUGGAUAAAAUGUUACAGUGUGUAUCAAACCCCAAUGGCUCUGUAGUGUCCUGUGAACUUGGAAACCCCUUUAAAAGGAAUGCCAAUGUGACUUUCUAUCUGAUCCUGAGCACAAAUGAGAUAUCCGUUGAUACUAAUGAGCUGAAUAUUGACCUUAAUUUGAAAACAACAAGUUCCCAAGUCAAAUUGGCCCCUGUGGUUGCAAAGGCCCGAGUGAUGGUGGAGUUGUUGCUUUCUGUCUCUGGAGUUGCCAAACCUUCCCAGGUGUACUUUGGAGGCAAUGUCAUUGGCGAAAGUGCCAUGAAGUCAGAAGAGGACAUUGGAAACUUAAUAGAGUUUGAUUUUCGAGUAACUAAUUUUGGAAGGCCUCUUAAAGCACUUGGUACCACUUUCCUGAAUAUUCAGUGGCCAAAAGAAAUUCACAAUGGCAAAUGGUUGCUUUAUUUGGUGAAAAUAGAAUCAAAUGGGCUGGACAAAAUGGAGUGUCAGCCUGCUGGGGAAAUAAAUAAACUGAGAUUGCUGGAAUCAGGUAAAACGAGACACAGACGUGAAAUUGGAGAAAGCCAAAGUGGAACAAGUGAUAAAUCAUUUUCUCUGUUUUCUGAGAGGAAGUACAUGACAUUGGAUUGCAAUAAUCAAGCAAAUUGUGUGACAAUUAAAUGCCCUCUCCAUGGUAUGGACAGUAAUGCAGUCAUUAAGGCAAGGUCAAGACUAUGGAACAGUACCUUUCUAGAGGAAUACUCAAAGAUGAAUUAUCUUGAUAUCCUUGUGAAGGCUUUCAUAAGUGUAGACACAGCAGCACAAAACGUUAAAUUGGCCAAUGAAGGUUACCAGGUUCGAGUCACAGUUUUCCCAGAGAAGACAGUUGCCCAAUACUCUGGUGUACCUUGGUGGAUUAUUUUUGUGUCUAUCCUUGCUGGUAUAUUGUUGCUUGCAGUCUUAGUGUUUUUGCUGUGGAAGCUUGGAUUCUUCAAACGUUCUAGGUACGAUGACAGUGUCCCACGAUACCACGCUGUAAGAAUUUCCAAAGAAGAAAGAGAGUACAAAGAUGGAAAAUUGCCUAACAACAGUGAAAAAAAGCAGUGGGUCACAAAAUGGAAUGAAAAUGAGAGCUAUUCCUAAAGUUUUCUAUUUGCUUCUUCUUCUUCUUUUUUUUUUUAAAGAUGAAUUUCCAUGUAAGAUAGCCAGAAAGGCAUUUGUUUGUAUGGGGUCUGAAAAAUUGGGCUUCCGUUUUUACUUACUUUGGAUAGUUACUUAUGCCAUGGCUAUUACAGUUUGCACUGUGUUUUUAAAUGGGGACUCAGAUUUCAAAUCAGACUUGUAAGAAAACUAUUGCACCAAACCUUGUUCCACUGGAGAUAUCUGUUAGUUACUGAUGUGGCUUUAAGGCUGUAACAUCAGUACGGAACUUGGCCAAGCCUUUUUAUUGCUACUCUGGAUUUGUUAACCAAGAAAGAAAGUGGUCUUCAGAUAUGUUUUCUAGAGGCUACAGCUGCAAUCAAGAAUGUUUACUACUACAGACACAGAUAUCCAUAUCACUCUGUAUUGAAUUACCCCAGAGCCAGAACAAGUCUUCCAUAUACAUAGGGUCAUUUAUCUGCCUUAAUGCAAAAUUAUGUGCCAAUCUCAUUCUAUCUGAAAUGUAUUGUAAUAUGUUGUACAAAGCCCCUAGAGAUUUAUUCAAGGUCUAUAGUUUCUUGUAAUCCCAGCUGGUGCCUAGAUUAUUAAGGUACAGUUUUGUGGUGCCUUCAUUGAUAUGCAAGAUGUUUGUGUCAAAUCCCAAAAAAUGUAGGCUUGAUCUGAUAUGUGAACAUACACACACACACACACAUGCAGUUAUACAAUAAUAAAGUAGCUCAUACUUGAUGUUAACUAACACUGCAUAAAUCCAUGCCAGGUCACAUGCAUUCCUGAUAAUAGAUGUCAUACCUAAACCUAAAUACAUUUUUAUACAUUGUACAAUAGAUCAACACACUAAAUACAGUGCCAUUUUAUUUGAAGGGAGUUGUAACAGGAAAUGCAAAAGCCCUAUAUGCUUUUACAUGCAGGGUUCACUUAGCCUUCACAUUUGAAAAAUUCUGUAUUGUUUAUAGAUUGUUUUAUUGGAAGUUUUCUCUCUCUGGUAACACAUACUCAAGACUUGGGCCAGAAUGCAACAGGUCUGGUGGGGACCAAAGCUGUAUUAAUAACCAUAGGCAUACUUGCCUCCUUUCCUCAACAAUAGGCACAUUCGCAGGAUAGUUUUUGGACAUACACUGAUUAGAAGAGAGGGUUACCACUCCUCCCUCAGCUCAGUUGUUGAAUUUAGCUCCAAGUGUCCAUUGGCAGGCUGAGGAGAGUUUUGUUUUUCUAUUUAAAACAUAUAUAUAGGCAUAUGAGGGCUGCCACCCCAGGCAUUGGCCCUUGGGUGCAUAUGUAUAUAUAAUAUUUAUAUAUUUUUUAGGCAAUAGAUUAAAAAUCUCUGAAAACACUACUGCUGUAAGUGAACACACUGUAAUAAUAAGACUAGGAAUUAUUGUUCAAAGAAAAACUUGUUUUAUAUAUACUGGUUAACAAUAACGGGCAUGUCAAUCCAAGUAAAUUUGUUUUUAUUAUAUUUUUUGUGUUCCUGGCCUUUUAAAACCAACUUUUAUGUAUUGUGUCAGUUGUAUAUAAUAUUGACCUUCACAAUAUUUAUUGACAUUUCAAUUCUUCUGCCUUGUUCUUUUGUUAACGCCAAAGAUUUAUCUGUGAUCUGUUGCUGCUUUUUGGGGUUAACUAUCCAAAUAAUCAAGAUGGACAACUGUUAGCAACUCAUCUCUGCAAUAUUUCUUUCAUGAAUGGAUAAUAAGACAUAACUACUGAACUGUGAUGGUAUAUGCUCUGACAAUGUGUCUGUUAAUCCUGUACCUGAUCAAACCUGGAGCCCAUGUUCUUUAUAUGUAAAUACUAGACUGUACAUCUUAAUAUCUUUCUUUUAAACAGGAGCAGAACUUAAUUUGAAUAAACGUCACAUUCUUAUGCUGA